AAAUUAUGAGUAAAAAAUGGUUAGAAAAACAAAUCAAAGGCUUAUUAUUAGAUAUAACCGGAGUUUUAUAUGAAAGUGGUUGUGAUACAGCUAUAGCUGGAAGUGUUGAUGCUAUCAAACGACUCCGGCAAAAUGGCAUACCUUUCCGUUUUUGUACGAAUGAAACGCAGAGAACCACCGAUUCAUUAGUCUCCAAAUUAAGACGUUUUGGCUAUGAGUUGGACAAAUCGGAAGUGAUAGCACCGGCACCAGCCGUACGACAUAUGCUUAUCAAACAAAACUUAAGACCUUAUUUAUUAAUCUACCCGGAAUUAAUGCCCGAAUUUGCGGACAUUGACCAAAGUAAUGCCAAUUGUGUGGUCGUUGGCGAUGCGGCACAACAUUUCACUUAUGAUGCGGUCAACAAAGCCUUUCAAUUGCUGUUAUCAAUGAAAGAUCCACUAUUGAUCUCAAUGGGAAAGGGUAAAUACUAUAAAGAGGGCAAUGAAUUGGUUCUGGAUUUGGGCGCCUAUACUGCAGCACUGGAAUACGCGACCGAUAAUAAAGCUGUUAUUAUGGGAAAACCAGCCAAAGAGUACUACAUGACUGCUAUCGACUCUAUGAAUCUCAAGCCCGAGGAUGUAGUUAUGAUUGGUGACGACAUCAAUAGUGAUGUUGGAGGCGCACAGCAAAUGGAUAUGAGAGGACUUUUGGUCAGAACAGGCAAAUACAGGCCAAGCGAUGAAAAUCACACAACAGUUAAACCAGACGCCAUUGUUAACAAUUUGGCCGAUGCUGUCAACCAAAUAUUGACGCACAGGGCUAUUGCAAACAACAGUGACAGCUAAUUGAUUAUUAUUAUUAUUAAUUAUUAUUAUU